AUGGAGACCCACGAGCUGUUCCGGCGCUUGGGGACCGGCGCUCGCUUUGACGUGCGGCGCUUCGGGCUGGACGCGCGGCGCUUCGGGGUACGGGGACACCGAGGGGAGGGCUCGGGGAUCGGCCCGGAGCGGUUCAGGCUCCGGAGCGCUGUCCCCUCCUCGCCCGCGGCGCUGAGGAGCGGGACCUGGCCAUGGCGUCUCACCCUGUUCGCUGUUCUCCCGCAGGUGAUUAAAGAGAACCGCGGCAGCGUCUCGCUGGAGAGCCUCGACUUCUUCGGGAAUAAGGAGGGAACACCUCAGGGAUCUGCCCAGGAGGGCUGGGGGCUCGCAGGGGCUGAAGAGGAGGUGAAGCAGAAGGAAGAUGGAGCAGAGAAAAACGAUGGAAAGAGGAAAAGAACGGCAGAAAGCAGUGAAGGGAAAAGAAAAAAGAAAAAGACACGAGGAGCAGUAUCAAUGCCAGAGCUGUCAGAAAACAAUGAAAUAAAGUGGAUGUCCUCUCUGGAAGCAAAAUUUGAAGAUGCAAAAGACAAAAAGCCUACUGCAGAGAAGCUUGAACGGUUGAGGAGAGAAAAGAUAAAUCGCUUCAGGAACCAGCACAGGAUCAACAUUCAGGGAACAGAUCUCCCUGACCCCAUUGCCACCUUUGAUCAGCUUCAGAAGGAGUACAAAGUCCACCCUAAAAUCAUGGAGAAUAUCCAGGCUGCAGGCUUCCAUGUCCCAACACCCAUCCAGAUGCAGGCAAUUCCUGUCAUGCUGCAUGGUCGAGAGCUUCUGGCUUCAGCUCCUACAGGGUCUGGAAAAACACUGGCAUUUUGUAUCCCUCUCUUAACAUAUCUGAAGCAACCCAGGAACAAAGGAUUCAGGGCUCUGAUCAUAUCACCCACCCGAGAACUUGCCAGCCAGACCCACCGGGAGCUGGUGAAGCUGGCAGAGGGCACAGGCUUCAGAAUCCACAUGAUCCACAAGGCAGCUGAGGCAGCCAAGAAGUUUGGGCCCAAGUCCUCCAAGAAAUUUGAUAUACUGGUUACUACUCCCAACAGACUCAUUUAUUUGCUGAAAGAAGACCCUCCAGCAAUAGACUUGAGCAGCGUGGAGUGGCUGGUGGUGGACGAGUCAGACAAGCUGUUUGAGGAUGGGAAGUCAGGAUUCAGGGACCAGCUGGGCUCCAUCUUCCUGGCAUGCACCUCCCACCUGCUCAGGAGGGCCCUGUUCAGUGCUACCUUCGCCCACGACGUGGAGGAGUGGUGUAAGCUCAACCUGGACAACGUUGUGCUGGUGUCUGUUGGAGCAAGAAACUCUGCAGCAGAGACAGUAGAACAAGAGCUGCUGUUUGUUGGAUCUGAGACAGGAAAACUAACAGCAAUGAGAGAGCUUGUUAAAAAGGGUUUUGCUCCUCCAGUCCUCGUUUUUGUGCAGUCUAUUGAGAGGGCAAAAGAGCUUUUCCAUGAGCUUAUUUAUGAAGGCAUCAAUGUGGAUGUCAUCCAUGCAGACAAGACUCAGCAACAGAGGGACAAAGUAGUGCAGAGUUUCAGAGCUGGGAAGAUCUGGGUGCUCAUCUGCUCAGCAUUACUGGCUCGAGGGAUGGACUUCAAAGGUGUGAAUAUGGUCAUCAAUUAUGAUUUGCCAACGAGUGCAGUGGAAUACAUCCACAGGAUAGGUCGUACUGGAAGAGCAGGACACAGAGGAAAGGCAGUCACUUUCUUUACAGAGGAUGAUAAACCUUUAUUACGGAGUAUUGCCAAUGUUAUUCAGCGAGCUGGCUGUCCUGUGCCAGAAUACAUAAAACAUUUGCCCAAACUGCAGAGCAAACAAAAGAAGAAAUUCAUUAAGAAACCUUUGGCAAGAGAAUCCAUUUGUACCACCCCAAAGUGCUUCCUGAAAAAAGGCAAAAGAAAAAUGAAAACUACAAAGGAAAAUACUAAGGGAAAGAAGAAAGAUAAAGAAGACAAAAAGGGCAGUAAAUUACAGACUGUUUCAGAAAGCUGAAUUCAGCCUGGUGAGCUGGGGCUGACACCUCUGUCUGUGCUGGAACAGAAGAACAAAGAUGGCAGCGAUGGUGAAAGGAGAAAAACAUUUCUCAUGUUUCCUUUGGGGUGAAGGUGGAGGUUUACAUCCUAUAAAGUUUCUACUGCAAUUCCAGGAGAGAAUUCCUGGAUGCUUCUUAUAGAAGCUGGAGCAUGUGCUCGUGCAGUGAAUGCCGUGUAUUUCUGAGAACAGUUCAAAGCCUGCAUCAGUUUGUGGUACUUUCUCACAGAAAAUAUGGUCUGUGUUCAGAUCGCCCCCAAGACAUUUUUUAGACACUUUCAGGAGAUUCAGAGACAAAAACCACACAAUGUUUACCAUCAGGUUUGAUAAACACAGCUGUCAGAGACUUCCCUGGACAUUUCAAAAAAGCCAAAACAAACCCACUUGUGUGUGAAAGUAAAGCCUUGCUCUUCCUACUGUUUUUAUUCCAGAAAAUUAUUUUGAAAUAACUAAUACUUUGCGUGUCCAGUAGUUUUAUACUGUUUUAUAAUUGAGCCUGAAACCAGAAUAAAAAAAGUCAUAAGAUGCUAAUUCA